AUGGUUAGUUUCCACGCUUUUUGAUUGUUUGCACAUUUAGUCGUUUAAAAAAGACGUAUUUCUGGGAAUCCUGUCUGUCAUCGGCGGAGUCCUCAUACAUUUUACUUAUGGACAUUUUUACACUAUCGGUGAGUUAGUUAUUUAACUGAUAUUUUAAGGGAAUCUUAUAACAUAUAUUACGUCUUACAUUAAGCAAAAAGUGAAUCCCGACUUUAACCCUGGAUCGGCAGUAUGGAUUUCUGCUAUUGCUUUGGCCGUCCAGGGCAUAUCUAUGCCUCUUGGAGGUGCAGUUCUUCCUAAGAUAGGGUACCGAGCUGUUGUGAUUAUUGGAAGUGCGAUAAACAGGUAAGAUUUAUUUCUACUGGCACAAUUCUUCAGAUUAUAUGGGAAUUUCUCAUGCUAGUGUAUGACAAGUUUAAAUAGAGAACACGGAAUAUUUAUUUUUUAUUGUCCAUGUUGAAAUUGCGGACCCUACUAGGCUUCUACUGAGGGUUGCCGUAUUUGCGCACUUUUUCUUGAUUUCUUUCACAUCUAUUAAAUAUGUUGCGUAGUGUUAGACAUGUGCAUAGUUUAACCGAUCGUUUUGCAACAGAUUCUUUCCGCCAAACUGACAACUCUUGGAGGCCACUCUUGAAGGCCUAUAUGCCAGUUAAUGUGCGGUUCGUGUAAAGGAGUGUAGGAGUUUGGGCAAUUUUUAUUAUAACUUCUCUGACCGUCCUGAACUCGAUUCUUAGACUGUCUCUAGAUAACCUGAUUUGAAUAUAAAUAUUUUAGUCUAGUAAGUCAGAGUUCUUUCUAUCGUCAACUUUUCAUACUAUCUUUUUAGUGGGAGUGUGCUUCUUACCUACAUCACCAUUCAGAAGGGCUUCGCAUAUGUCGUCCUUAGCUACGCAGUAAUGCUUGGCUUUGGAUUUGGAUUUUCAUAUGCGGUUAUAUUUUCGGUAGCAGCUUCUGUAAGUUCUAAAUUCCGUGUUUUUAUUAUUUGAACACAUUCUUCACGAGUCUGGCAUGUUCCUUUUACGAAGAUUGGCCUAGAUUUUGAGAGCAUAUGUAACAGCGCAACGUCGUUCAUACAAUUUGCUUCAAACAUUGAAUUGUGAGGUAGCACAUUUUUGGUAUCACUUAAGUCACUUCACGCUGAUUUAAAUAAACCGUUUAACUACACACAUGUUCCAUGAGGUAUUUUACUGUUUUUUGUCAUCGAAUAAUUUUUAUUUGUGAUUUACCAGUUAGAAUACAACAGCAAAAUCAGCAUUUUGGUUCACUUUUGAGGCAAGUAUACCUGCGGCCUGCGUGAUCGUUUAUUUUGAUGUCUCAGCAGCUGUAGUGCAAAAAAUAUUUACUUUGGUCGAAAAAGACAAAUAAAAAAAGUGGACCUUUUGCCCGUUAUGUCUGCUUUUAACCUCCCUUCAUGAAAAUUGUCUUCUUUCAGAGAUAGCAAUGCAAUUCCGAAUAUAUUAAGCAUGCUCCCAAAUAUUCUUAGUUGUGUGCAGCCACUUUGGUGUAUUUGAUGUUCAUACCACGAGUGUACUCAGGCAUUGGGGGCAAAGUACUGAUAGUUGUCACUUCAUUAUGCCGGGACGUUACUUCUUGUCGGGUAUCACCUAGUUGUUUGGGAUUAAUGGUAAUGUUUUCGCUACUCUUCAUAUCCUUCUCUUGGUCGAUUUAUUGAAUAAGUAAUUUUUCAUAUAGAAAAUCUAGUGUGAGCACCUUUUCCUUUCGCAAUUAAUACGUGUCGGUACACAUUCUAUUCCUUAGAUAACAAUAGUUUUGAUAAUUUUUUAUUAUUCCGGAUACUCAGUCACACACGUGUUGCCAUCGUCACUAGUAAAGUCUCGAAUUAGUGUGCUUCGCUUAUUUGCAUCCAGUUUUACCUUAUCUCUAGGUAUUGGUUAAUUUUACUUCAUUUUACCUCAGUUUAUCCGAUCCUGUGUCUGAAAUCCGGGUAUCUCGAACCCAUCGCUAUUGUCCUGAAUAUGUACUUGUUCAUAGUAGUGUUUUGAAAUUCCAGUUGAAGAAAAUCGAGUCAAAAUAUACUUUGGCUAUUAUUCUCAACUUUUGUGCAAUACCGUUUUUACGCUUUUGCCUUAUGGUUCAUCACAGCGUCCUUAGGGAAGGAAGUAAUAUCAUCCAGGUAAUAAUUAAAUCGAAUUAAUGGUUACAAAAAUUUCAGUUUUUUGAAUUACUGCAUAAUGCAUAAUCGUCUGCCAGACGUACUGCACUUUAUGCCUGUUAACAUUAAAUGUCUGAUCUAAUUCAGAUACUUUCUCCUAAAACAUCCAAACGGGUCGGUGAUUUAGCACUUUCUUCAUUUGGCAUUUCAUCGGCGGUUUGAAGAUUGUUUCUGGAAGUGGACGUUUUUUUAAACUGUGGGGAAAGAAUGCGUGCGUCCUAAUCUAUAUGAAGAAAAGGUUUCGCGCCGCCUUCUAACUCUGUUUGUGUUUGAUGUCGCUGCUAAAGCAAGUUUGACUAAAACAGCAUGUUCUAGGAUAUUUGCUUAACCAUCACAAUAUACCGGUGAACGUCAUUUCCACGGGCCCUACCCGCCUCAACGUUCAUCAGCUAAAUCAUCCAGGCCACUACAAGACGUCAGUCUUCGUUUGUAUGAAAUUUCAUGACGCGCAAUCUAGGCAUCAUUCCUCUCGUCAAUAUCUCAGAAUUUUCGACCAGUAUCGAUCUAGGUGACCUCUGAAGUGCGUGUUGCUUUUUGCCCCACUCUUUCUCUUGCCUCCCCAGUAGCUAGUAAAGAGUCCCAAGAUCUUCAUCGACUUAAAAACUUUGUGCCGUGCUAUUAACCGUCUCCCCUGGACUAAGGGUUGUGGUUACUUCGUUUCGCUUAGCGUUUAUUUAGCGCUUUUGGUUUUUAUAGAUUUAAAAUCCUCAUAUAAACGGGUGCUUGCCGAUCGUGUUACGGACACACUCGCCUCGCCCUUUGCCUUGGAGCUCAAUCCCGAGCUCCGCCAGCAGCCGCAUAGCGGCUAGUAGUAUACCGAUAAAUACAUUAUAUAAGCUUGGUGCAGGUUACAAAUAGGAUUUAAAAGCUUUGAUUUUUACGAAUUUUGGCAAUAUUAGCAGCAGUAUGUUUAACUGGGGAAAACGGUGGGAAACAAGCAUUUUUGUUGGCAUUGAAAUCCUAGUCGUAAGUUUGUACUGGUUUUCAAUCGAAUUGAUGCGCCAAAAACGACCCAGAUCAGUCCACUUCACAGUGGAAAUCUAAGAAUGGGCAACUGACCAUAAUGCUCCCUCUUCCCUAUGUUGAAAACUGAAAUCCCUUUCGUUUCGGUCUAGCUAGUACAUGCAUUGCCGUCUGUAGUCUGCGCGUUGUUCGAAACUUGUGCCUUUGAUUAACCUGGUCAAUAUUAGACUCGAGACGUUCUUAGGGAUCCAUAGUAAAUAGGUCCCUGAGGGAAAGUUGUGCGUGGCCAAGAAAGUGCCUUUAUGAAUAUAGACGGAGUAAUUAUUAACAAAUGGGUGAAUAAUAAUGUUAUCAUGGAUUUAAAAAAUUUCGGCAGUUGUACUUUUACUGCACACCUUCGUUUUUGGCACAGAGUGCUUAAUCUUAUUGACAAGCAUCUUGUUCCCAUAUUCGCAUAUCCUGUAAUUUCAACUGUAGUGUCCGUAGUGACUUACAUUCAUUGUCUACCGGUCUUCCGCCAUACGGCGCAGCGUCAUCUUAGCAAAGGUUCCUCGACAAAAUCCGUCCCUUCACUAUUCUACUUCUGCUACCAAUUGUCCUGAAGAUGAUAGAAGCCUCGGUAGCAGUCUUCUACCGAGCUGUAGAUCUGAAUCUUUACCUUUGGCUACCCAUUAUAAUAAGCUACCUAUUUUUUUCGAAAUAUACAUUGUCCAUUCCACAGUACUCCAUUUCUUCCGUGGUUAGCUUCUGUGAUAUUUUUCAGCCUCCCGAGGGCAGUCGGUUGUUGUCUGUUUUCAAUGCUCAAAAUGGUCGUCCGCCUUGCCCAAAUACAUUUAACCUUUUGAAAUUUCAGUGGUUUCCCGCCCGCCGCGGACUCAUCGUCGGCACAAUUGUCGGCGGAUUUGGUCUUGGAGCGUUGGUCUUUACUCCGGUUCAAACUGCCUUUAUUAAUCCAAACAAUGUGGCCGUAAACCAAACAACUGGGUAAGUUAAUGUCCUCUUUUUGCCGACGAGAUAACCUCAGUAACUAAACACCGCUCAAAUCAGACAUGAUGUUUCGGUCUGUGCAUAAUUCCUACGUUUAUAGCUAUGAAAUUUUGUGGACUCAAGUUUACUAACACUAAUUAGUCUCCCUUUAUACUCAGUCCGCUUCGCUUCCCAAGCUGCAGGCGGUCGCGAGGCCUCACACUACCUCACUUGUUCUUCUCCGACAGUGUCUGACCAUUUAGCGAAUCGCGAUCUGAUUAAAAUAAUCAUAGUAGUGGAUACUUCCUCGAUCGAUCCAGAUGACGGCGACAAAAGCUCUUUGGGAGCUUAUAAUGACGAAACUCUGCUAUCGCAGACAACUUGCUUUGGCACACCGACCAUAUUUGCUCUAUUUCUCCAGUGAUCUCUGACCUUAACCUAUUCCUCCAGUGAGCCUUUCUUCUUGUUGGGCUCUUACAACGCUUUACAUGUUUCCUUCGAGUUUCUAAGCGCCAGCACUGAAAAGAUUAGACGGAGAUGCGUGGCUAACUAUGCAAAACCUGAAGACCGCAUCAAACGUUUCUUCUCGAGGCCGUUUUAACUCGUAUGAACGCGAUUUGUCUAAGAAAGUUAACACCAGACAGAAUGACAUUUCGGAUUGUUCUUAUCCAUACGUACGAAUAGGGGGAAGGGACGUCUGCAUCGUGAAAUGCGGUUGAUUAUUUUCUGCCGCAGGAGUGUUUCUCGAAUUCAUCAUCAGGGCGCAACGAAGAGAUCGAGUCAGGAGGGCAAAUUUGUCGGAUGAGAUCCAUCCUGCGUCUCGCCGACUGACCGCACUGGACUUUGGUGAAAAUCGAUUGAUGACCGGAUUCCCACGCCGCGUGCUGUCUCAGAUCGAUAAAUUAGUCAUGCCGACGAUCGACGUUUCUCCCUCGUUUUCAGUAGCGGACUUCCCAUGGAUACGUACCUUCCCAUUGUUUUUCGAUAUCCAGCCGCUCACGGUUUCGAUGAGAGAGGAAUGCGCUUGUGAACUCAGAGGCUACUAGUUGUUUUUGCACUCAAAAUAUUGGUCUCGCCCUAUGGUAAAAUGAUUCGUGACUGUCACUGGGGUAGCACAGGUUUUACUCAGCACUUACUCACACAACGUCAGAAUGAAGAUGUGUGAGAGGAGGAAGCCCUUUUCAGUUUAUAAAAUCCAAAGCCACUGUCAGCAAGCCACCAUCUUGAGUUUUUUAAACUUCUGUGUGCUUUCAACCAGAACUUAGGGCGACGACACCCCUCCCUCCUAAUCUCACUGAAUGAAAGCGCGAAUUUUAUUGGUGAAACUACUCUUGAAACCCCCCAUUUCCACCAGCCCCCCUAAGGCAUUGAGCAACGUGCCGUUGUAUUUUUCGCCGUCGACUUCCUCUAUAAGCACAAUUUACAGACGGUGAAAUAACUCGGGCCAUGCUAUUUACCAAUGCCUUUCUGUGAGCGGCAGCAGCAGUGGGGGAAAUGUCAGAGUUUGUGAGUCUUUUGCUAUAAGUGAAUUCUGAAAACGAAUUAGUGGGCGCGUUGACCCACUGUACUGUCGAGGAUUAAGAUGCGUGAAAAAUUUGAUUUUUGAACUACAGAGUUCCGCCAUCCUUGCGAAUGUUUUGUUUAUACGCCAUCCACCAACAGUCUCAAUGCUGACUGUAGGUUCUCUGUUGAGUAAUCGAAUAACUACGUCAGCCUACAGUUCGACCGCUCACCGUGUGUUACAGAGGAAGGGGGGGAGAGAAUGGCUUGUGAAUUAGUUUAAAGUGAUGGUAAACUUGCGCCGAAUCUACUGCACUCUCUCCUUCUCCACCUGCACCCGCUGUCAAGCCUGAGUCAAGAAGACCGGAGACGGGAGAGGACGCAGGUGGCUGGCACGGCGCAAAUCCGCACCUAGGCGUACCACCACCCUCCCUGGUCCACGGCAUAUACUGGCCAGGAUUUUACACAGCAAAAGGAGAGGGGGCGGCUAUGACCCCACGGAUUGGGAGCGCCAUAGAGACCACAUUAAAACGGAGCCAUAGUAGCCUGACUCUCAAUCUGCCAGUCUGUGUCACCCCACACAAAUCCACACCGGGCUGGCUGUGAGGUCUUACUUCCAUUGUCAUUUGGCAACCUUUCAAGCCAUGGCAGUCAGUGCACCCUGACAGUCUCAGACUCGGAUCCCACAUGCAGCAGAGGAGCCACAUGGAGAAGGAGCCGAGGAACGCGCUUCUACAACGCACACUGACCGGCGUGAACCGGCAAAUGGACCCAUCGUUGACACCACCAACGUUGACAUUUCUUAUGUGGCCGCAUUCCCAAUAACGUCUGCGGGGUCCCGAUGUAGUCCGUGUUGGUCCAGCGCAUUUAUAACUUGGCCUCUAUUAUGGGCGCAAGUGCGUCAGCCACUAAUGAUUCCACCUACAUUGUGUUUAUUGGAUCCCUUUACAGCCUUUUUGAAGGUUGGGCAUGUGCCCAUAUUAUAAAGAAAUAAGUACCGGGUCGCUUUCACAACAAGCGCCUAGUAGUAUUUUACACCACCAUCUCCCUUUUUCUCUAUUUUUGUGAACUGCCCUAAUUGUGGACACCCCCGCUUUUUUAUGCUAAUAGCAUGUUUGAAGACGAGGCGCUGUUGCAGCGAGUGCCCGAAGCCUUCCUCAUGCUGGGUGGGACACUGGCCGCUCUGCAAUUCAUCGGAAUUAUUCUCUUGCGCCAGAAGCCCUCGGAGCCCGAGGUAGGAAUAGGGUGACAUUUUUAUUGUUUUGCUUCUAGUUAACCUUUUAAAACCUCUUAUUAUGACGCCUAACACAGCCCUUUUGGUUGACUCUAUUUUUCUCCUGCGUUAGCCCGCCUCACCGUAGACCUGUAGGAUUUUUUGGUGUGUCUGCGCGGUUAGCCAGCCGGAGUGGGCGACGAAAGGAAAAGUAUAUUUAGUACGACUUGCCAUGAUCCUCAUGGUCGUGACCGAUUACUUCGGGUGCUCAAACUUACGUCCUGUUUAAAAUUGUAAUUAGCAGACACUCCCUAUCUCAUAUUACAAUUAACAAACUUUUUUCCUUUAUGUUUCUAUCUACCGACCCCUUUGUUUAAGUAGGCAAACGCGGAACUGAAUUCCGCUUUCUGUCCUAAAUGAUAUGCUAGGUAUGGACCGGGGUUUGUUUUCGCUGUAAUGUGUACUCGUUAGAAUUUAGCCGACCAGUGAGCUUGCUUCUCAAAAAUGCUGUUUUUUAGCAAUGUGCUGAGAUGUGAAGUGCGUAUUCGGUACAUGAAGAGGCUUGCUCGUAAUUAUUUUCGGUAAUUUGCACCGUUUGUAUUGAUGUUAGAAGUUCAGAGACCGUCCACCUUUUAUUUUAGUCGCCCUGAAAUCGGCUUGUAGACAGCACACAUGAUUAUCGAAACAUGAAAUUCAUAUACAACUAUUCUACUUCCUUUAGUGCUUUUUGAGGCCGCGCGCAGACCAGGUAAUGGAAGAGGGUUCUGCUGAAAGUUAUGAGCCACCAUGCCAAAAUAGAAGUAGUCAACAACUAUUCUGGAGUAUUACUAUACCUAUUUCAUAUUCCCUUUUCCCCUCGCAUUAGAUGGAAUCCGAUGGAUUUGCCGUGACAUGUUCUGAUGGAGACCAGAACACACCAUAUUUUCAUACUUAUCCGUAAACAGAUCACCUGUGAGAUUUCUGCUUCCGCACCUCGAAGGGAAAGCGAGAAUAGACACUUGCGUCCGGUGAUUUUGAUAAUUCUCGGUCUCAACCGACGCGGAGCCUGGUUUGUAAAUCCGUUUGAUGGCAAUUUGCAUAAACAUUGGCGUUCAGAUCGCAGGCUCCCGCCUGCGGUCCCGGGUGUAGCUGUAGUCAGAAAUAACCAUCCCAGUCGCAUUCGCCUAUGUCCAGUAUCGUUCGUCAUUAUUGUUUUCGACAAAACAGUGCAUGCCACUUAUAAUCCAGGUGUCGGAGUCCUGAAAUUAAGCAAAUGAAGCCGCCCAUAUGGAAAGCGUUUGAAGUUUCUAGCGCACAAUCCAAAAUAUUUUGAAACCCAUGUUUUUGUAUAUGCUUCAUUUGCACUGAAGGCUGUUGGGUUUUUGCACCGUCAAGCCUUGACCGAUCGCCUAAUGUUGGGUUGAAACACGAGAGCUAUUUAGCUAUCUGAAAAACUCUUCGAUGAGACACGAAAAUAGGAAUCUCCCCCCCCCCUCACCAUCAUUCCGGAGACCUUGCGCUAAUUUCUUGGGCGGUUAAUGUUAACGCUAAGGUUAAGUUUAUGGUUUGGGUAAGAUCAUGAUUAAGGCUGAAGUUAUGGCUAAUUUUAGGGUUAGGCUUGGUAUUAAGGCCUGUAUUAAGUUCAUGAGUAAGGUUAAAGUCGGAGGUUGGGUUAGGUUUUUGGUUAAGAUUUGAGUUAUUGUUAGUGUUGUGUCUAGAACACUAGGAUAUUCGUCGUUUCUUGAAUUCUGCUCGAAGCCACCUGAAAUACCGAGUGGGAUUUCCUAUUCCCCUGUGUUAUCAGCUGUUCUACAUUAACCAAUGCAUUUGCUUGUUCUGUCUUACGUAGUUAACUGGAAACCCCCAUCAGAAUUCUUGAAUGCUGCCGAACUCGUCUGGCCUGUGCCGCUCUCUUUUCCAAGCGUUCAGCUGUUUCUAUUUCUUCGUUAUAACUGGAUCUCAUUUAACAGGAUCAGCCAUCUAUUUGGGGCACGUGCUUUAUUUCGGGAACAUCGUAUUUUUGGCCAGAAAUCCGCAUAAUUGUGGCAAGGUGGGGGCGUUAGGUACAAUGAAACAGGCAAUCUGGCCGACGCAGGUUCAGGAAAGUUGUCGAAUUGGCAUUACAUGCCUCCAGGCCAACCGUGAAACAACGCGAGCACUGGACAUGCUGUGAAGUGGAAGCGGUGAGACCGAAAAAGCAGGAGUUGAUUGGUCAGAGACGAGCCUCCUACUGUACCACAUGAAAAGCAAAACAGUCCAACAUUAGUGCGUUUAUUGUGGUUACAGUAAACCUGGCGACUGUGAUGCUGGAUUCGUCGAGCAAAUUAUGUCAGAUUACGCCAAGAAAUCACAUGGAGAGUGAGGUGUGAAAAAAUGGUUUAAAAACAGGACGUCGUUGAGCUUCCCUUGGUGUGAAUUACUACAAAGUCAAGGAAAACGCUGGAAUUGAUUUAAGUACAGGCAAUGAUUUUUUCCUUAUAUGAUGCUUUUCCAUACCUUCCUCAUUUUCCCGCUGUCGUCUUGACGGAGGAGGCCGAUAUGUGUCCUGAUUCUUUUAGGUGCCUCUGAUAACUGUGGAGGGGUUAUUCCAACGGGCAGAAGUGUUUUGUCCGAUAUGUCCGUUUGAACCGGAAGCCGUCGCCCAACUGAGCAUAAAUUAUUCAUAUUGACCCAACUGUGAAAAACUCGACGCCUCGGUGGAAUUCGAACCCACGCAGUAAGGGGCAGGCUUCAGUACAGCCAACGCUCUAACUACCUGAGCUACGAGGCCCCGCCAGACGACUCGAGUUUUAUCACAUUUGGGUCAAAAUCUGCCAAAAUACCCAUAAAUUAUUCGUCAAGACUCCAAAGCGUACCGUGGACAGAAGCAAGAUCUUUACUAAAGUUAUAGUACCGAAAUGCAGUGGGAUACAGCCUUAAGCUGCUUCAUGUGACAUUUUGGCUUCGGAUUAAGAUCCCUUUCGACCAACUGAGCAGACUUCAUUCUUGAAAUCACCGUUUCUUAAUGCAUUUUCAACUAACCUUGGGUUCUUAUGGAAAAUUAGUCGACUUAUUAUAACGGUUUUGUUUAAAAUUGCGUGUGUGAUCAUACAACACUUGAAACAGGAAGUGUAACUAUGUGGACAAAUUCUAAAUUCGGGGAAUAUUAGUAUUUAGACGAAUGUAUUCCCAGCUUAAGACUGACAGGACCUUCGGGGCUGUUGAGCGCGUGUUCUUAUUGUUGCAGAUUUGCUAAAACACUUGAAGAACUUUACGCGUUUGCUUUCAGAUAAAGAGUAUUUUAUGCACUUUUCGAAUGUUUCGGACUGCUUUGCUACUGAAAUAUUGCAAAACAUUCCGGUACCAAAACAGACGAAGUUUUAAAGUACGCACAGGCACACAAGAAUCAAAAUACUUCAAUGUACUUUUUGAGCCAAGCAACGCAGAACAUGAUCGUGCGUUCAUUAUCCUCAGUAGCAUGCUUGCUUUUCAUAAGGCAUCCUUAUAAACACCAGUUUGAAAUACACUUAGACAAAAUAAAUAUAUACAAAGUUUGCCUCCAAUCUAUGCUCCCAGAAAAGGAGAACGAGACUUUUUGGACUGUUUUAGACGAAAUUACCUUCCCCAAAUGUCGCACUCGACGGGAGCAUUUUAGUCGGUUUAUUAGAGGCUCUAAGAUUUUCAAAAGUUGGCAUGUUCGAGCUCGUCGAUUUUGCGCGCAACCUUUACAGCGUGGUCCGUAUUCAUUGCAAUUUUUCGUAUGCAGCAAAAAACCGCAAGCGACCAUGCGUGUGCAUUUUGAAAGUUUUGUUCCAAAACGAAAAUUCGGGUUUCUUCUCACGAAAUACGAACAGUGGCAGUCAUUUUUAUGACCGAACAGUAAAAACGGUUUCAUGAGAUUCCCUUCCGAGAAAUUCGACCAUAUUGUUCGCACAAAGAUGUUUUUUGAGACUGUACACUACUUAAAUGGCGCCUUGUUCUCGGUGCAGUUUAUGCGGAUGAUUAGAAAUAUGUUACAAGUUUGGCUUGCUGUUGUGCAUUGAUUAUCUUACAAAUACGCUUCAUGCCACUCGAUUUCGCAAGCAUAUGUGGGUACUUGUUUUCAUUUUAAGCACGUCACCAUUUUUUACAUUAUUUUUACGAGACUUGAUGCCUUCUAUACCGGUAGGUAGUCAUGAGGGUUGUCCACUCGAGUACAAAAUGGCGAUUAACAGAAAGGAUGCAGGUCCUUACGCCUACUGAGCUUACUUUGCAUGGUUAUCAGCCUCGCAUUUGCAGUUAGGCCAUUUUUAUUUCACUGACGUUCACUACGUAUUUUUCCGCCUUAACCGGCGUUUUGUGGUAGAACCUAGUCACUAGAAAUGCUCCAACACGUAUGGAAUUAUUCCGGUUGCUAGAAGGGUACCUACGAAACUCACUCGCAACCCGACACUUCCCAAUCUCGAAAGUCAUGCCCAUCAACCCAUGAAAUAAGAGCUCGAACACGAGUUUCAGAUUUCUUGGAGAAGACCGCCUGCUUGCCAAAAGCCGCAAAGCUGCUUCCUGAACUUUAUACUAUAGCUGUCCCUGCUAGCUUUUUUGCUGAGCCACUGUUCUUAGUUCGAUGCGAGCCUGUAACUCAACCUUUGCCAAUGUUUAAACGAGUGCCUUGCGUCUUUCAGAAAAAGGGCUCGAACGCUGCGGCUACGAACUCGAAGGAGGUGAGUAUACCUGCAGUUUGCCUUUUUCUGUCUUCCCUCUCAAAGCUUGGGCUUUCUGCGUGGAAGCAUGUUUUUAGCAUACAGGGCGUCCAAAAAGUCGCUGUGCCCUUUUAAUAAAUUCCUAAAAAUGCGCACAAUAAAAUAAGUCUAAUCAUAUUUUUACCAUCAACAAGGGAGUCAUUGCAGCUUUACUUGCCAGAGUUGACAUCACGUUCCAACGCCUCGAUGACUAGCCGCAUGCCUCUGCAUGUGCGCCUCCCUUUUUGAGAACCUUCAUCCAUAUUCGGAUACAGGCCUCUCCGAUGUUUUGUAGCACCUCUUCCCCAACCUCACUGCGGUUCGUGCGGAUUCUUUCCCCGAAAUAUGACAGAUCACGAGGCAUAGUCGCAUCAACCUUGCUUUUGUUGUAGUUUUUUUGUUUUUCAUUUAUAUAUAUAUAGCACAAGGCGUUAUGUUAGGAUGACGUGGAUCCCCUUCGAAGGGGACCUCUUUGACCGAUCCAUCUGUCAGGAAAAUCUGUGUCCAGGAAAUCCCUGGAAAAGUGGGGUGGAUCUCCGUCUUGUUGAAAAAAUGACAUUAGCAAGGUGACCCUGAAUUUGUGGAAUAGCAAACUCCUGAAGCAUCCACAAGUAAUUUUCCCUUGUAAUAGUGAUCGUGUUACCGGAUGCAUCAGGAAAGAAAAAUGAUCCAAUCAGCUCAGUGCUGGACAUGGCACACCAAACCACCAGAUUCGGAGCUUUUCGUUCAUUCUCCAGAAUUGCUUUUGGAUUAGAUUUUCCGUAAAUUCGAUAGCGGUUUUUGUUUGUUUGAUCGGAGAGGUGAAAGAUAGACUCGUCGCUAAACUGUAAGUUUUCCAAGAACUGAGAGUUGUUUUGCCGCUAGUGGAGAGGCGAUUCACAUAUAUUUCCACACCAGCAUCAUAGUAUUCCACUUGCAACGUUUAAAGAACCUGAAGUCAGCACGGGCAAAGCUUGAUCGCUCUCCGAAGCACCCGCUGAAUCGAACGUUUUAAUGCUGAGCUCCAGUGCAACUAUCCGGAUGAACUUACCCUGGCUUUGCGCGAGCGCCUGCUCCAGUAGUUCGAUGUUAUUAUUAUUCAUAGUAGUAGUAGUGGUAGUAGUAGCAGUAGCAGUAGCAGUAGUAGUAGUAGUAGUAGUAGUAGUGGUAGUAGUAGUAGUAGUAGUAGUAGUAGUAGUAGUAGUAGUAGUAGUAGUAGUAGUAGUAGUAGUAGUAGUAGUAGUAGUAGUAGUAGAAGACCUUUCGCUGGGUGGUUUGCCAACGACAGAUCCUGUUUCCAGAAAUGUGUCAUGGAUAGCGUAAAUUAUGUUACUUGUUGAAGCAGCGUGACGCCAUAGAGCUUUUCAGAAUUUUGCUGAUCCGCAGCCGGGGACUGACUCUGCUCCGAAGUCAAUGGGCUAGUCAUGGGCAAGGGAGUGGUGUGAUUACGUAAUUUACAAGGUCUUAACUGUCAAAUGCUGACGACUUCACAUUUUUCAGGGUGAUACUUGAAAAUAAACAGAAAUAAGAAAUUAUAAUGUGGGGUUCACUUUUAUCAGUUCUGGAAAUAGCAUGUCCUCCGCUGCCUACAAGACAUUCUUCCUCUUCCUUUAAUACGGUGCCUGGUCGCAAAAUCUAUGAAAUGUACAGUAGAAAGCUUUAGUUGAUACUUAUCGACGGACCGACUGCAAGUUCGAUACUUUGACGCUGGUGGCGCUGGGACCCACUUAUUGACCACUCUCCCGAACGGGCCGUUGAGGCCUUCUGUUUUCUAGACCUCUUUUGCGGGUUUUGCUGACUUCGAACAUUAUUUUCACCACAUUCUCAGUGGCCUACUUGAUAGGGCACCCGUCCGAAGAGUGGUUGACUGCGCUCUUCAAGGUCCAGCCACCGCCCUGAAUCUUGGAGAGAUUGACUUUGCGUUUGUUGGCCUAUUAAGCAUGCAAGAGCCCUCAUUCCCUUCUGUAAACUUGGGAAGCUCCCAGAUUAUGAUAAUUCAGCUUAUACAAAUAUAAUUUUCAGAGAGUAGCCAUCAAACCUACACGUCGUUGUAAGGUGUUUGGGAGGGUAUUGGGGGAUCAAAGUGUGUGUGUCGGUUUGGCGUAUUUUUAGGCGACGGUUAGCCUUAACCCCUCAUGUUUUGCGUCACUGUGCUGUGAAACAACGGGGGAUUAUUGGCAGUUAAUCUAUGUACGUCUGUAAUUGUUAGAAGUCUUGUUGUCAGCCGAAGUUACCACGGCAGUCAUUCGAUGGGAUUUCUAGCUGAAUCUGUGAAUCGUUAUCUCGCAGUGUUUGGACCCCACUCCAGCCUACCUCUGCACUCCCUCCCAAACUAGUAUGCAACCAAUUUCGGAGAAGGGUUUCUCACUUCAUCCGCUUAAUCGGACGACAUUUUAACUGGAAUUUUGACGGAUCCUAUCUUGAGUGAAAUACGUCACGCCACUCACUGCACGCUCUUAACACAAACGCGCACAAAAGAAUGAGAGGAGAUUCUGAAGCCGAUUCGCUGAUGGAUUCAUGUUCCUACGUCCGACAAACUCCCGUCUAGCAACAGCUCCUAAAAAGAUAGUCCUGGGUGAGGCGUUCUCAUUCUGGUUGGGCCGUUUGCUUUUCCCUUCCAAAGCUAUUUUAGGCUGGUGUUGGGGGUGCAUAAUGCUGCUUUUGAAUCUUUGUCCCUUGGGAUAGCCAUAUCGUUACGGACGACGUGCGAUCCAGCAACCGAUAAUGCACUCAGCCCUUCUCGCUAGCGUGAGUGCUUGCUCAGUGCGGUCGUAAAACUUGUUCUGCUUAGGAAUUCAGUUCCACUUCAUCUGUCGAGCUUCUCAUUCAUCAAUUCUUAAGUAGGACUCAAAACCCAGUUCCUCAUGCGUACACGCAAACUGUCAUUCGGCGACACCACGCAGAACUUUGUCAGUCCAGUUAUUCACUAAAUGACAAAUGUCGGCCAAAAAUUAGGUGCAUUGUCCCAGAAAAGGCAAAAUCCGCUCCUGCAAACCUCGCAUGCGCCCAUCUGAUAAGGCGCUUAUGCAACGGGUUGGAAAAAUCAAAAACUCAUCUUAUUCACCCUAACACGGGACGGACUACUAAACUAAACGCCAAGUAGAAGGAUCAUAGAAAGAUUAUUAGCUUGCUUUGGUGCGCCGACAUUUGCCGGCUGGGACUUACUCCAACAGUCGACAUUUGUCUAAAACCGACCUGGUCUGGUGAAUAAAAUUACGCAGUCCUCUGUUAAAGGCUCUUCUAUGGAGGGUCUUUUAAAUUGUCCCUCUGAGUGCAGUGAACCAGCGGUUCAACCACACUGUGAGGCUCAAACCCCCAGCGUACUCACAAUGAUAGCUGGAACAGUUCCAGAGAACCUUAUUAGCCAGAACAGACUCUUGUGAACAUAUCUACCACAUUAAUUGGAGAUCAUGAUUUUAAGCCUAAUUUGGUUUUUCAGAAAUCUUAUUUAUCCCCUUGGCGUUUAAAAUCGCAAAUAAAGUCACUGGCGACUCAACGCCCAGUUGCUUAAAGAACCAGUUAGGUUACGCUUCGAUGGCAGCUGUUUCUGGUGAGUCGCUGGAUGGAGCGAAUGAUCUUCAGUGAAUAUUGCCUUUCGAGAUGAACACCUCUGUCAAUUUCUGGACUUUUUACCUGGAAACCGUAGCCCUGUUUUACAGUGAGCCAGAAACGUGAGCAAGCCGUGAUGCACUGUUCGCCUACGGGGAUGAGUAUUUGUAGCUCCUGUAUUCGGAAGGAGACGCUACCAUCCGGCUUGAGGUUUGAAGGAUUUCUUCCUAAGUCCCACCGCUGUAAGCAGGAUUACGGCAGUUAAGAGGUAGGAUACUGGUCGACGAUCGCCUCCGGAAGUCAUAUUUCCGCUCAAAUGUUACUUUGCCGACGGGUUAAGAGUACGUGGUUACAUAACCUGAUUUCUCUGCCCGCUUCUCUGUAGGAGCUGAAACCCUUAUCGAAGGCAGGUGACGAGGCGGAGAAGAAUGCAGACGCCCAAGAGAGCGUUCGCGAGGCAGAGUAAGUCCGUACUUCGAAUUAACUCGGCUCUUUAUCCAGCACCCGUCGUGCCGGUGAUGUAGAAAUACAGGCUCCCCCUGCAACCGUUGGUGAGAGCAUGCACUCUCUUCACGUCUCCCAUACCAAUCUCGCCCCCGCAAUGGAUGAAAAGGAGAAGAUCCGUCGACAGUCCGUAGCUCCGCCUGUGUAAGUCUGACCAUCAUGCACUUUUUUUCUUUCACUUUGAAGAUGUUUAUCUGCAUCUCGCUUCGCGCUCACUUGCUUUGCUAAUUGCCGUUUUUUACGGAAUUCUUGAGCGCAGCCAGUUAACUGAUGAAUAACUAUAAUUGGUUGAUUUCACGCCUGCUGAGAAAACCUGCUGGACUCCAAUCACAUCGAGAUUUGCGCAAUUGGGCCUUUUGGUGGCGGUAACAAAGUCCAUCCAUUCUGGCGGCCAUGCUAAUAAGCGGAGGGCAGUUGAUAUCUCGGCGUCGUGUAGAGUUAAACAUGGCCGAAACCGAGAGCGGGACAACCAACUCCCCCAGUGAUGUCUCCUUCCUAGUCCUGAUGUCUUUUUCGGCGGUUCACUUCCAAAGUUUGUUUGGGCAUUUAAUACUUUGUUUUAUUGGCCAGAUUUAAGUGCAUUGGGGAAGGAAGGCAUCUCGGUCGGUCCAGGAAGACUCGGGAUGCUUCCCUAGCGCAUCCAAAUAAUAGUCGCAGCCACUACGGACAUCUGCGAUGCAUUCGGAAUAUGUCAAUCUUAGCGAAUGCGUUUUGCCUGGUAACUUCUUCCUAAAAAGGCUACAAAAUUCCUCCGUCUUUACGUCUGCUAUCUUGGUCUGUUAUCCCCUUGUGAUGGGUUUCAUAGUCUGUCCUAGAAGUGGGGCUAAUAAGUCCCUUAUCCCACUCACCAGGUCUUAUUCUCGCUACAGCAACGCCAGGAAGACACUGAAUGUGCGUCCGUGAGACCCGCAACGCAGCUGUUGUUGUUCUUGGGCAGGAAAUUACUCCUGUCAGCACCAUUCGCCCUUGACAUGGCCUAUCACAACGCGCGAGGUAAGACCAUCAGAUCGUCCAAAAACGCGGUUAACCGUGGCUCGACAGAUAGUGUUUGCGCGGGAUGCUUUGGUGGAGGGAAUUUGCCUAGUUCUUCGGACCUGAUAACGAACGUCCCCAUUUCCCCCCCCCCUCCCUUCCUGCCACCGAUACAGCAUCUAAAGUUGUAAUACCGUGCAGGAGUAGUGGCAGUUGAAGCCUCAUUGAAGGAUGUGCAGCAUUCGCUAUCUGGCCCAUUUACGGGUAACCUACUUCUCAGACCGGCGUUUCACCACACCUGAGGGCAGUACCACUGCAUGGGCCGUGACCGCUUAUUUGUCAGAUCCGAGUGCCUGCUUAUUUCGCAGCUGGACUUGUCGGAGGGCAUUUCACUUUCCGCCAACCGUUUGCGUCCCGGGUAAUCCACAGGUAGGUAAGCAGGCAGGUUCCACCUUUCCGGGCGAAAAUAGGAUGAGUACUCUCCCGUGUCGAAAAACACGGGCUAAAUUUCAAAGCAAUGGAUAAUUCCCUGUAAAAUGGCUGUUUGAGGUCUAUGCCUUACUCAUCUUUCGAACUAAUUAUAAUCAGAUUUAUACAGGUAUCACUAUAUGAUGGAAGAUAUCCAUGUUUAUUCAAGUGGAUUUCAGAAUGCCAGGCUGGAUAAAUUGACUUUUAAUGGCCAGAACUGGCCAUUCAAGUUUCCCUUGCCGGUAUACUCAUUAAUAGUCGCUGUGCCACUGCUUACGGAGCUGUAGGUCGAGUCCUAACGCCCCAUAGUGUGAUUGGUGAGCUCCCUUUGUCAUAGUUAAUACAUCUGAUCGCAACCCACAGGACAACGAGCCCCUGGCUCAUUGAUUAGAGCAUUGGGCGCCCCUAAAACGGUCCACUCGACACAAGGGCUGCAUCGAAUUCUGGCAGACGUCAUCGAGAAUGCGCACCCACAACAAAUGCCGAAAUUCGGGGGGUAGGGGUGGCAAGCCCAGUUGCAGGCUCGCGCCGCGCCAACUGGGAUCCCUGCUGCCUCUCUUUUUUGCCGUUGUUGAAGACCCUGGCCAUGCGUUUGUUGUAAACCAGAGGGUGUUGCGGUAAGCCUAGGUAGGUGCGGGUUUUCACUGUGCCAGCCACUUGCACUCUCUCCCACCUUCGGUCUUCUUGGUUCUUGAAUCCAGGUCGGGGAUGAUUGUGGUAGAUGUUGCGCAAGUCUACUAUUACUAUAAACUAAUUCACGUGCAAGUCACCAUUCCUGCGCCAGUUCUGCUGUGGAACACACGAUGGACGUCGUCGGAAACAACGGUCGAACUGUCGGUUAGAGUUGAACUUCUAGCCAACAGGUCGCAGGCUCGAACCUCACUGGUUGAGUAUGACUGGCUGAUAACGGCUAAUAAGCCAGAAAUGUAUAUUCCAGUCUCCCUCGUCUUUGUCAGUAUACUCAUACCACAAUUUGGGGUUUUGUACGCAGGGUAUCAGUACUGCAACUUUACUACCAGAGUACAUGUUACUUGAGACCACAUUUUGAGACCUUCGGCGACGCACGCGCUGUAUAUGUUUUCUGAUCUGCCCAAACAUAUCAUCAUGAAACCAAGGAGGGGAGGGGGGUAUGUGCUAACUCCGCAACAUUAGCUCACUUUCGAAGACGGCGAGACUUAAACAUAACCACUCCCCUGAAAUCUUUGCUUACACGGUUUUUGCCUUCAUUUGUUGGGUUAACGUCUACAUUUGGUUUCCAACUUCGGAAAUGAUAGUUUGGACAGUGCAUUCACCAUAUCAAUUUCCUUGAACGACAGUGGUUCAGCCGACGCUCGGCUAUCCACCCCGGCUUGGUAGGAGUUCCGCGGGGUAGUGAAGGAUAGUGUUUUCUCAUCAUUUCAUAGACGGCGUUUUCCAGCCCCUAGUAACCCGCUUCUUAUGUUUUUGGUUUCGUUACCUGAGUGGUGACUGCCUUGAAAACAGGGACACACACACAGGCACGUACUGUGAGUAUGCGAGGACAGUGCUGAAUCAUUCGCUGCGUUCAUUUCUUGUGUGGAAAAGAACGCUUGCUACGUCGCCAACCGUUGCCCCACAAUUCGGUCGUCCAACGCCUCGCCGACGCACAGUUUUGGACUCUGGCAAUAAAACCGAACAGUCGCAAUUUGGGAGGGGGGCAGAAAUCGUAGCAGUUAGAGGCAAUUCGCUUCGCAGUUUGCGCAGGUCACCCUUGGUGCAGAGUUUUAUUUUCAACCGUCAGCAGAUCUAUGGAGGCCAGAAGUCUAAGAGUGGUCACGCAGUCUCUCUACCUACCGUUAUCCGCCACUCCUAUCCGAACGAAAUGUCUGAUAUCUUUUUUCAUCCGAGCUAGAGACAGUCAUCAGCAUGGUAACAAAAUCUCAAGGAAGCAAACGGGAGACUAUAUGAAGUACUGUCAGGUUUUAUAACCUGCUGCUGCAAGUUUAUUUUUGACUGGCAUUUUGUUCAGUUCAGUCUCCGGUCCAUUUGAAAGGCCGUCCAAGCGCGACUGGAACACGCCACGCAAUCAAUGCAGCAAUACUCAGACUUGAUCACAAACUUAUUAAGUCAGCAGCCAACACUUGUCUCAUACUAUCCCAGGCAUGACUUAACACCGUCAGCAGGGGCUACGGCAUCGCCAGUGAACACUGCUGCCUGGGACAGCAGUGCGAACUUCCUGUGCACAAUAAAUCCGCCUUUUGGCGCCUUCUGUCUUUUCCCGCUAAACGGGACUUGGCUGGAUGAUUGGUGGCGUUCUAGGCAUUCCCACUGCUUCCACGCCACACAUCUACUGGCUCUUUGACCAGCUCUCGCGAACUUCCAAUACGUCUCCACCUUUGUCAAUCACUAGAUAACAGAUCGCAUUUCCUGAAGUGUUGGACAAGCUGUAGUGUUUCAGAAGGCUUUUCCGUUCUCUCAGUAAUUGGCCGUUCAUCCACCGUUUUUCGCCGAGGUUCAACAUUGUCCGCCGAUGCCAGUGUGCCAUGAUGCGUAAGAAACUAGGGAAGUUUAGGCAGAAUCGGCCUCAUUUUUGUCUAUAUCCCACUACGUCCUAGUGGGAGGUCAAAGUAACGUUGUGGAGAAACGGCACUGGAAGCUUACCGUCGCUGGCCGUAUAUGUACGUCCCCACCGAUGCUCACACUUCAAUGCGUGCAGCGCAAGGAACGUUGUCACACUAAGCGCAUGCCUUACGCUACGCGACGCAUUCAAAAUGUCCCAGCAAAUUCCACUGCGCACAAAAAAUCCUGCUUCCCAGUGUCACCAGCAGCAAGGAGAAAGCGGAUUGGCUAACGUCUGCGACAUCUUACUUUUACGGAUUCGGCGAUCCGCGACAACUGUAACUGUCCAUUCCAGCUGUCAAAUACAAUGGUUACCAGACUAAGCAGCUGGAAUACCUGGGCGAAAAGUACUGUGAUGCUGUGUCUUCUCAGAAUGUGUUCUUUUGGAUCAACGUGCAUGCAUUUAAAGUGGCAAAACGCAACCCUCGGUCUUACAGUUCAAGUCGUAGUCCUCGACAGCAAUCUCAUGCUGAAGUUGACUUCAUUGAGCCAAAUAUGACGGCUGCGUGCUGAGAGGUUGCGAAGUGCAAGUCCACCAAUGCAUUUGGCGGGAGACGUCAGUGUAUUGAUUAUAAGAUCUCGCUAUUACCGUGACCGUGCCUUCGCCAACAAGCCCAGACAGCCUCGACUAAGCCACAUCUUCAUGUGUGGCAGUUACCGGGAGGGAAUCCUCGUGGGUGUAAAGUCGUUUAAAGUCCAUCCAACCGUAUCGACGAGCCUGGAGUGACCGCACUGCUGCAAUGUUGACCCCUCCCCCGCCCCCUCCCACAAUAUCCACUACACCACCGGGGUUGCAUAACGAUGACAAAUUGACAUUUAAGAAGGCAGCCAUGGUUAUCCAAGCCUCUGAGUCCUGUUCAUGACUGCACUCGAUAAUCCUAACUGUAGAACGUACGUACCUCAAAACAGAGCCUUCGUCUACCUGAAGUAGAGUGCAUGUACCCUGCCUCAGAUGCGCCCAUAUGACAGGCAGCAAUGCACUUGUCAGAGGCAGCUUUUCAAAUUUCAUAACCAAAAUAUCCUGCAUAUAGACUUUCUAGCCGGAGCAGUAUCAGAGUGACGUGCGACGGCUGUGUCAGUGGCCAUAUUGACAUUUAGGCAAGAUCUUAUUUCGUGGCCGUACCUGUUAGGGGUCGGGUUAGUUUUCAGGGUUAGGAGCUAAGUUUGGGGGUUGGGGUUAAGGCUGGGGCUUGUCUACUGAAGGUACGGCUACGAAAUAAGAUCCGACCGACAUUUAUGUAUGAAUAAAAAUUUUGCGCAAAACAGGUUUUUGUGAGUUGUCUGAUCGGCUUUCCACUAAUGCUUCCUCGUUUGGUAGAGAAUGUUGCUUGUUUCUGAAUCAAAAUAAGCGCUCCCUUGUGUCGCAGUUUAUUAGACCUGAGUGCGUUAUCAGGAGCUAAAAGACUGUCAGAAUUUGUGAAAUACUUGUAGCUUAGCUUAUAUACGCAGAGAUUAAAAAAAAACUAGGGAUGAAUCGAAAGCUAUUGAGUUGCGGCUGGCUCGCAGGGCAAGACACUCGGAGAAAAAUCCGACUUUUGCUGAUUUCGCUAGAAUUAAAUCCUCGUCAGACCUUUGACAUGUUAUAAAAUAUGGUCUGCAGAGGCAACGGUGGCAGGCGAGUCUUAGAGAAGAAAGUUGCGUUUUCUGAUUGCCCGCAGGUUGAUAUGCCCUGAAGAAGUACGGCGGUUCGGAGGAAGCAUUUGCAUUUCACUCAUUUACAGCACAGAAUAUCGCCACUGCUUAGUCCGCGAGUCCCCGUGAGUACUCGUCAGGCUGGUGUUGAUGCGAGAAACCGGCUAGUUCGUAUCCCCCGUCUUAAAGCGUCUGUAGUGUUAAGGGCCGUCUAGCAGACCCUCUGCCCCGUUCUGAUCAGUAGAGGACUCAAGUGGAGCGAAAUUUCGUCAGCAGGCGAGAUAUCAACCGUCUGGGCGACCGAAAGCCAGCACAGGGCCUGUCAACUACCAUUCACGUGCAGCGGAUCGCAGCUUCUGUCGAUAGACGUUCACGUGAGGUGGGGAUGUAUGACAUUGUCGACUUGGCAUGAAUCCCGCGCUCGCGCGUAGGUCAGCCGACCAGCAUGUCCCUGAUCAUGUGUCCGGGUGUUGGUUCAAAAGGCUGACUAAUCAAAGGGCAACAACAACGCAAAAUCGUUGGCCUUAAUUACAGUGUAAUGUGCGGGGGGUUUUGAUGCUGCCGUACAUAUUAUUGAUGCCGCAUACAAUUGGCGGCCGGGCAUUCUCUCUCGAUCAUCACUUGCCAUGCACCUCCUACCCAGCACCUGAGUUCUUGGCCCCCAUUCAGGUCUGACGCGACUUGAGUGUCUAGGACGGCCAAGCCCUCCCAUAGUCGCUUAUUCGUGCCGUUAAUAAACGGUUAAACAGAGUUGUUGCGACCCGCCUGUCGGCCGUCAAGGUUUUUUACUUAGUCCGACCUUCAAUCUUCCAAACUUACCAUGACAUCUAAAUCUGCAGAAAGUUCCUAAGUCGACCCUAGGAUUGCUGAAGUCAUCUGUCAUCAUAGUCGUCUGUAAUUGAUACUGCAUCAUCUAGUUGGUGACCGUCUUCAUCGACGCGCCUACCACUGCAUAGUGCUGCAUUUGCGACCAAACUGAUUCCUUAUUUUUAGUUAUCAAAAGCGGUCUUUCUAGGCAAAACACAUCCCAGCUCUCAUCGCCGCUGCGGAGGACUGACAAACAGGCGCUAAGAAGGAGACACGAUCGCUGGAACAAGAGUUUUAUUAGCCUGACGUUUCGGAUUCUCACUCGAAUCCGUCAUCAGAGACAGAGACAGAUAGGGGUGGUAAAUUGCCCAGGUGUUGCAAUAUUUCUAGGAGGUAAUUGCUACGCCAUUGCACGCCUAUCGCAGUUGGCAGCUCCCGUACGUGAAAAAAGGCUCAGCAGCCGUCAGCCGCCUUCUCACAUCCUUUAGAAUUGGAGUAGCGCACAGACCGGAGACAACCAUAAGGCGCCAGAUUAUGAGGCCGAAAGACCCAUUGCCACGGCAGGAAACAUCUGGAUUCGUUUACCGUGCGUGGUGCAGCUAUGGACAAAGCAACUAUGUCGGGGGAACCGCAGGACUACUGCGAACGCGAAUGGCCGAGCACGCAGCAGCGGUGAGGAGAGAUGCCAGCUCCCAAGUCGCGGCUCACUCGGCGGGACCCACAUUCGAGUUUUACGAAGCAGAAAUUCUUGCUAGAGGUGGCGGCAACGAUCGGAUGAAGGACCCUAAGCGCACACGACCAGCCAAAGGUGGCAAUAGGGUUUUAUUACGAGCGGGGCCUAUGUAUGCAUAGUGGAAUAAGUAUAGACAAUUGGUAAAUUUGUUUAUCAGGCGGAAAAAUUUUAACGCAUUGACAUAUAGCAACCUAAAUUAAGCAGUACACUAAAGAAAACAAACAUUAGGUGUCUACAAAGAUCACUCCUCAUCUCUCUGAGCUGAGGUAAUUGUAGAUAAUGCACCAGACCGUCUACAACAGACGACCCAACUUUGCAGGAUAAAACACCAAAGCGAAAUAAUCGUGUCGGACUAAAACCCACUUAAAUAAGUAUAGUAGGUAUUUUUUGUAUGCCAUAGAUGCUUGGGGUUCUUCAACCGAUUCUUGCCGAGGUGACAACCGUGUGAGCCACGAACUGCUCGAGUCAUGGUUUUUCAGUCUUUAGUCAAUCAACAGGCGCAAUGUCCUCCCCGCUCCAUAUUCAACGCUGAGACUGUCUAGGCAAAGUAGUUAGCGGCAAGGACAGCGUGCGGAUGACCACUGUUUCUGGUGUCAGUAUCGGCGAGCCAAAUUGCCCAAGAGCCCACACGGAUGCCAAAAUCCGGUAGUCAGCCCCUCGGCGGCGUGCGAUGAGCGUGGGAGCCGAUAAUCUUGACUGGCUUACAGGCGCAUAGCAACAGCACAGCAACGUCAUACUUCAACACCUGGCCAGUCGAGCUGUGAUGCACUCGGGAGCUGCCAACUUUGAUAGGCAGCAAUUGUAGGCCUAACAACUAGAUCCUAUAAAUACUGAAACACCUGGGCAAUUCACCACCCCUAUCCGCAUAUCUAGUUGUACUGACUGCUUCACGUUGACUUGCAGCACGUGUUUCGCCGAUUCUGUGCCGUUGUGUGACGCGAAUGCGAUAAGUUCGGCUCGUCAGUGGGUCUUUCCGGCGUUCUCGUGUGUUGAGGCCUUUUAUCCUCUUAAAAAUCAAUUUAUACAUUUAGAGUAAAUUAUCUGGCACAAAAUUUUCAAGUGUGGUCCGAAGGUGUACAUGAAUGUUUUAAUUGAAAUCCACUAGCUUCUGGAGAAUAGCCGCGUAGUUAUCAUAUUUCACCAUCUGGCAGUCAGUAGUAUACGAGUGCUGACUAAAAUGUCCUGCCCAUAGCCAAACGCGUGUUCCGAGUAUGGUAAAGUCGCGAAAAUUGCCAUGGCAGUAUUCAGAAGAUCAGUUAGCGAACGUGCGUUUGCUUUUGAUAAAUUUUUGUCAGGCCAGUACAUUUACACGGGAACUGGGUGUAAGUAAAACAUGUCAGUAAUUAGAGAAAUCGAUUAAGGUUCGUCUUAAAGCACAGGUGGGGUUUGUGAAUAUGAGGGGAGGGUGAAUGUCAAUCAAUGCCAGAGCGGAGGAGAGCUGCAUGUAGUUAGUCGACUUUUGACCACGGUAGGCGCGGAGCCUGAACGAGGCCGCUGCUUCUGCUGUUGCUGACAGACGCCGGCCUGGUAGCUCGACGGGACCUUACAAACCACAGGAAAGUCGUCACUGGGUCAAAAACAUGCGCGAAAAUGGCACUGUUUAUGCUCCAAAUUUUGCCUUUUUCCAGCCAUGCCGGAGGUGUUCUCGUAUUCUUUUGGAUAGGGACCGACUCAUGCGACCACUUUAAGCUGCUCCACAGGAGCAAGUGAAGAAGUAGAUGCAUAUUGAUGUGGUCUGAGUUGGCUACCUAUCCGUACCUUUUCCAUGUAAAAUGUGGUUAGUAGAGAAUGGUACUCGACCCUUGUUACUGGGAGGGUUUGUGAGAGUUUGGCGAAGGCGUCUUCUUAGGGGUUCACUCGCAGAGUCCCCUUGAAAAUGGACUUUGAGGAACAGAGUUUUCUUCUCGGCAGUCAGUGUAGUGGGGUUUAUCCAGUCGCUCAGCAAUAUCCUUCACAAUAAAUCGACUGGCAGAAUGUUCAGCCCAAAUAUUUCUACCAAACUUCGGAACGAGGUUGGGAAGGCUUUUGCUGAAAAAUCGUCUCCGUAUUUGCACACUGACUUCUGCGAAAGGUAGUUGUCUCUAAGACAGUGUUGCCAAGUGAAAAGCAAGGACGGCUGAAUGCAGAGGACGGACUGUAAUGCGCUCAAAGUUCUGAGACCAACCACGGAGAGAUGACGAGCUAGCAUUACCUACUGACACAUUAGGAUCAAUCCGUCUGAUCGACUUAUGCGUAAGUGCUGUGAGUUCCCACGAUAAUUGACUAAUCUUAUCGAUCGUAGGACAUCCCGUUCGUUUGUGCGCCUGCUGACGAAAGGGGAACAGCGUAUUUUCGGCCUCGCAGUAGCGGCGGGCCUGAGAAGCUCGCAGCCCCUUGACAGUACGCACUACCGCAGGUGGGCCGCCACUUAUUUUCAGAGUUUGCCCUCAAUGGAGCUUCAGAGCAUGCUGCAGCCCUGUGUUUCGUCUACUGUGGUCUACGACGACUAUAUGUGGGUGUAGGGUACGAGUAGUUUCGUUGCUCAUACAUCGAAUGCGCAGUUGCCGCGGCAUCUAGUCCGAAUUCAAAGUAUGUUGGGAAUAAAGGACGAUGUCGACUCUUAUCCGCAUUGCGGUCUCGUCAUGUCACGUCUUUACCCCUCCCCCCCCUCCGCCCUGGCCCCCUUCGGACGAAACUGUUUUUAUUUUCGUGACAGUGCCCUUCCUGUCUAGCUAAUGGGGGUCUUUGAGAGUUCUUUGUCAAGGGACCGAAGUCCUUGUGUCGCUUUUCUUCCUUACUUGGACACGCUUACGUAGCAAAACUUUCGUGAAUCAAUAAUUCGGAAGACGCCAGUCUGACAUAAUCGGUUUUCAGUGCAGUUGUAGGCGCUGUGAAUGUGUGUCCAUUUCACGGUUUAAGCAUGGGAACUCUUCGCUUUAUCAAAGAACAUUAUCGGAAUGGCAUCGAGAUCAUCUGGCGCGUAGACGAAAGUUUGGGCGUCCUACAACCAUUGGCCUUCACCGAACUAGCAUCUGAGAUAGUCUAGCUGACGUAUUCAAAUUUUACCUGCUCUACCUUUCUGACUGAUGGACUUUUCAUUUGCUCUCUGGUUUUGUCUUUGUGUCCGGGGAUUAGUGUACUACUGUCUGUUAAUGCCAGCUGGGGAGUAAAUAAACAUGCAUGUCUUCCAUUGCUGAUAACCUGUCGCUGUGGGAUGCUUUGCAAGACCCUAGCCAAACGCUUAGAGACUGCGUCUGCCCACAUUUUCUUCCCGGCUGACUUUGGAAGAGUAUUUGGACCCCACUGCUAAGCGCACAUAUAUGUGGGAAUCUAAAGACUUCAUCCACCAGGUUUUUGCGGUUUUGGAGCACUGCCCAGUAGAGCCUCACUGUGACCAUUUUUUGAUUCUUUACGUGUGCCUGCGUUUUAAAGAUGCCGGUAAGACACCGGAGUAGCAACUCCCUCGUAAAACAGGUGACUGCCUUAAAUUGCAGUGAGAUUAGGGUUGGGGUAAGGGCGGCGUCAAGGUAAGGGUUAAGGUUGUAAUAAGUGUUAGGGUUAUAUUCAAGGUUUUGGUUUGAGCUACGGUUGAUCCAAGGUCAGGGUUAUGACACGAGGUAGGUACCCUUCCUAGAACUUAGCUCGGGACUACAUGUAUUAAGGGGGUGGAAGAGAGGGUUCUAUUCCUAUAUCCUACCUAGAUGCCUAACAAGAAAUCGUUCGUACCAGGAUAAAUCGUUUUCCUCUCGGUUGGUUGGUCCCGCCCUAGCCGUUGCUCAUUUCUGCGCAUUAAGCGCCUGCUUUAUCUUCUUCCGUGAUAUCAUGCACUUUUUCUGAGCUGUUUCACGCUCUGUUUGGCCCGUUUCCUCCAUACAUCCCCAUUUCCGGCCAUAACUGUCCAUUCGACUUUUUCUGUUGUUCCACUCAUCCUACGCAGGGAAGUAAAGUAAGAAGCUGUUAUGGUUGGUGUUUUUUCAAAGGUUUGCCAGUUGGUUUCUGUUGUUUUGCAUACGAGGAUAAGCCCGUUACAUUUUUGUCAGAUCCUCGUUAUGUUUUACACUUCUCUGCGGUGUUUCCACCACCAAUGUAACCCAAAAUCCCAGACUCGUCUUUACAGAUGUUCUGUGUGAUAACAUGGAGCAACUACGAGGACUCCGUCUGUGGCGUCUGCUGAUGAUAAGCGUGGGAUUUUGUCUGAAAAUAGUGGAUGUAUUUGGCAGAACGCAUGCCGAAAGCGCUGCUCUAAACCAUUAUUUGUGGUAGUAUCAAGUUACGUUUAGACCCUUUUCCAAGGCAACGUACUCAAUUUGCACUUUGGAUCUGCGAACUGCAGACGGCUCUCGAAUUUACAGUUCGAUCACUGUAUACGGCUUUUUCGCCUCGACGUCGCAAGCCUCAACUAGCAGCCACCCGACGGGCCCGGCAUUAUUUCAGCCUACGGUCGGCCCCAGAGUUUAGAUUUAUUGAGCACUUUUAUAACCAAGCAUGUAGUUUUGGAACUAAAGUUGACUGUUGUUCUUGUUAAGUGUGACAUUUCGUGGGAGGUUUUUUUUCUUUUUUUGGUGACUCCAUGCAAGAUGAAAGUUUAAAGCUGACAAUCCAUAAUCCUAUCGAAUCUACGGUCAUAUAACCUGAACAGGACGUGUCAAGUCCGGCUCCGGUGUUUAUGUAAACAUUUCAUUUGCAUACUCUCGAAAGUCUGUGCUUCUAAAUCUAACAGUAGUACGUGUCGUGAACUUGGUUCUUUUAUCAUAGUUCCGAACAACGGUUCUAGCGAAAAAACCAUGAACGUAUUUUGUCGAUUUGCUGUCCUCGCUUGACGCAUCUAUUAACGCUCAGACUCCUCAGUGUCCCACAAUGUCUCCUUUGUGAUCCUCGCUAUAACUCCACUUUUUGAAGUGUGGAGUUAAUAAUUUCGUCUGUACCCAGUAGAUGCACGUGAAGAUUUCCAGGACACAAUAUUCUAAUCCCGCAGAUGCUUUCUGAAAAAUUUUAAGGGCGCUAUUUAAGCACUUCUCUUGGACACCGCCCACUGAGCCCGAUUCACACGCAUACCGGUUGCCGGCGCCUGUAACGCCCCAAUAUCCAACCUUCAUCGUCUAAAUUCGCAGAAUGGGGGUAGGUGAUUUGAUCCAGAAAAUGACUAUCUCCGUCUAUGCCCUCAAACUAGCAUGUGGAGUAGGAAACAAUGUAGGAAAAAACGCCGUGUAGAGUUGUCCUUGGUAAAUUGUUUUGUUUUCCAUGCUAACCUCGUUUGACUAAUGCGAGUUCGUCUAGAUGGUCUCUGAACUAGUGUCUCUCCAUUCCUUCUUGAGCCAACCGAAAAAGUGCAGCACCAACACAGUGCUUGCGUCAAAAGCAUGUCUGAAUUAGGCUGUGUGAUUGGACAAUUUAUCAGGAUAGAGAGCCGGGCUCCCGUCCUUCGCUAGAGUACAGGUAGCUAAAAUGUCUCAGCGCUCUACUCUGACCAAGAAACCUGCAACUUCAAGGAAAGUGUUAGAAGUGACAGUUUGACCGCCAUUUCUAACUAUGUCCAGCGUAGGGACGGUGACUCAAGCGUUAUCUAGCUUCCAAUGGUAGUAGACUUGCACUGCGUCUACCGCACUAUCUCUUCUUCCACCCUCCUGGGUCCGGCGUCAAGACAUAAUCAAGACGACCGGAGGAGGGAUCGGGCGCAGAUGACUGGCGCUGCCCGCACCCGCGCCUAGGCGUGCCACCACAUCCCUGGUUUCCGCACAAAGAACCAGGAUUUCACACAAGGGGGCGCCUGGGGUCUCAGUUGAGUGGGUGCGCCAUAAAGACCACACUAAGCUGGAGGACUUUGCAGUUUCACUUUUCGUCCUGAGAGGAGGAUCGAGUUGUCCAGUCACCUGGCAGCCUUGCUAUUUACGAUGUUUUUCUCGUUCUAGUAAAUUCCGGUACCGCAGAUAGUUUAUAGUGAAGAAUAGGCGCUAAGAGUCGACCUCACUCUCUUGCCUCUCUCAGGCACCAGUCCACUUUCCGAGCCGGUCAGUUGUCUGAAGCGGGAAUGGGGCGCAGUGGAUAACGUAACCUGAGAACUCGACUACGCGUGCCACACACACGACAAAUAACUAUUCAAUCGCGAUGUCUUAUUAGCCGGUUGUAGCAUUUAAUAUCCUCAUAUUCUGCAUUGGAUGCCUAGGCUGCCGAAAAAAGAAUAUACCACGUCGCGGAUUGUCACCUUGUGUACUUGGAUUGACUCACGUCUUGUGAUCUAGCCUAUUCUAUAGCAGUGGUUCGAGAUACUGCCUCCCACAACUGGUUGCGCUGGAUCCGCGUGAGCCCUAGACGUAGACCCUCAUGCCGUGUCGGCCACUGUGCCCAAUCUCAUCACCCUUUGAUUGGUGGGCCCGGAUAGUCGAGUGGUGCCUGCGAUAGGCCGACACUGGGGAAUCCACCUCCACAGCACACCAACGCCAUCCUCCAUAUGAUCCACCUGCCGCGCUUGAAUUUAUAAUGGCGCGUCAACACUCGUGACUUGGAUGGCUGCUAACAGUCACGAUAACCCGAUUCUACUCAGAACUGAGAGUUAGGCGGCUGUAAUUAAACCUUCUUAAUGUGACUUCCACGACAUUCCGUCAUGCUUGAUUCCAGCCGCCCUCACAUAAUCCAGUUACUUGCACACUUCGCCAGCCACUGUGCCUGUGUCUACUUCCGAUCACCUUAACAUUGUUUUGCCGUGUAACUAAGGUAUGUUCGGAAGGAUUGAGUGCGGUCGGUGCUGCACAAGUCAGUCUCACUAUGAAUCACUUCACGCGCAAGUCUCCGGUGCUGAGCCCACUCCGGCGGAUGGAGCGGCUAGCAGUCGGUCUGUUCUGCACAUGAGAGGGUAAUAGCAUUCGCCAGAAUCGAUUCAGCCGACGCCAUAUUCCGGUCCAGCCUCACCACGGAAGACGGCUCGUCUUUGCGUGAGUCGGCGGCGAGCUUCCGGGCAAAGUUGAGCCCUUCCGCGCAUUGCAGCGCAAACCUCGACCACGUGAUCUGAGUUACGUUAGUAAUCAGCAUGUCUACCAAAGUAAUCUGUUGGAGACUCGUUGUUUCGUCUGCCCGUUCUGUUUGAAGAGAUGGCGUAAAGAUUUACGUGCCUGCUGUGGUGCUGUGUCUAGCUUCUUAACAGGCUGCCAACGCGAUGUGCCGAUUAAUGAGCUCCGCUGCUAUCUGUCGAUGAAAAGGAGCUAGCGGCGGUAACUGGGGCAUUUGCUGGCCGCGGACGCUAUACGCAUUGAGUUACACUGCAUUCUGUAGGCUAGCAGUCGUACUAAUGGAACCAUCCUCCACCACAAUACGAUGUGGGCGUAGGCACCAUGGUCAAUCUCCAUCGACUGCUCUGAGGGCAUUACUUCCGGGCAGCACUGUUUAAGUGCGAAUAGCAUGCGGCAGACGUGCUUCGAAGUAUUCGUAAUUUGUUCCGUCUUUUCAAGUUAUGCAACUAGAUUUGGACUCGAUCGUACCUCAGCUUUGCAAAAUCCAACGAUUUGUUGUAGGAAUUUUAUUAAUUAUCUGGAAAUCACUCUUCACCCAAACAGCAGCAGUUAACUGAAUAACUGUUGGGUUGCGUAAAUUUCGAGGGAAAUUGGCAACGAUAGAGUGAAUUACCUUUAUUAUCUGACUGUGGACUGUGGAUCGUGUGCUGAUGUAUGCACUUGCGAAAUCUAGUUGAACACUGAUGAGCGGCAGUUGUAUCCAAGAGUGGUGAAACAAAAAACGGAGAUCAACUGUGCAUGAAUUGAGGGGUAACAGAAAUUUCUGCCAGAGGAUAGGCUCAGCUGUUCGAUGGUCGGGCACUAUUUCAAAAUGGAACGCCAUGAAACAUCCAGCUGGAUACCGUAUAAGCAUACGUUCAUCAUUAUACUCGAAACUAUCGUUUUUCCCACCGACCGUCUACUGUGUUUUCCUGCAUUUCGCCAGCUUACUGUCUGGCGUGUUGCCCUACCCGCAAACGCCGCCUACCCCCAUGAACACCAUUCCCGUAUGACACGAUCCACGGUAUACAGACAGCUAAUUGAGGCCCUUCGCCCUACUGUUGCCGGCAGAUUAUUUAUUACACCCAAAAAUGGUAACCUUUCCAGUUCGGCGACCCUUCAUUGUUAUCACCCAGCCCACUUCUCCUCUGCGCUCAGCAAAGAAUCCUGCGGAUCGUGUUAGGGCACAGCUAACUGUGACCGUCGUCACAGUUAAAUUGGUAGGGUAGACUCGGAGGAUAAUUUGUUUAACCAAUUGUCUGAAUACAGAAGUAAACACUCUUUUCAAACUCCGGUUCUUGCAGGAGCUACGGUAUCUGACUGUGCAAGGAUUGUCCUGCUCUUGCACUGACCAUCUUCGAAGUGCUUUUGCCAAAUCCAUCCUUCGUCUGCUCGAGGUUUUAAUCGUACUAGACACGUUGCAUAUCAAUGGUCCCUGUUCCUGUUGAUCGAACUGAGGAGCUACUGAGUAUGCGAGUCAGUUAAGGACAUAUUGAUUACACCGUUUAUGAUACUUAUAAGCUUUGGAACGGAAAGCUUUGAAAAUCAGAAACAUUCGUGAAAACAUUAGACGACCUGUUUCCUGUUCCUGUCGGUGGCGUCCGACCACCUGGAAAUCGGCGCUUUAAAGCGAACGUCCUUGGUUUUAAAGUACAUCUAAUCAAUCUCUCACUUAUGGCCACAGUCCCUCGCAAACUUCAUUCCCCCACCAACCCCCGCCAUGGGAAUUUCCUUUCACGUAAACGACGCUGAAGUAGCACGUCGCUCGCCACUUGUCCUAGGCUCGUUUCUCUUGUUAGUCUGACAAAGCACAGACCCCUAUGCCUAUUUGUGUCUGCAAGCAUUCUUUUCUGUUUUAGAGAAAUCAACUAUCCACCCGUGCAAAUCCUUCGGCGCCAUGAGUUCUAUCUCCUUUGGGGAGUCAUGCUUUGUAACAUCAUUCCCAUCACUCUGAUCACAGCUUCAUUUAAGGUAAGUUUUGUGGGAUCAAAGACUUUUCUCCCUCUAACCUGCCUUUAUGGCUCGGCCUUAAAAGAAUAAGUCCCCCCCUCCCCACUGCUUCGGUUGUUAGGCAGUGAGUAUCGUGGCGGACUUUAAACCCACGCGCAUUAUCGAAUUUGCGCUGCCAAGUGGGAAUCGGAGGAUGCCUCAGUCUGAGCGUAAUCGCACAGCGUACGUGACAACACGCUGGAGAGGCUGUAAAGAACGUGACUAGACUUGAUCAUAUCUGCGUGUCGGUUGGCUGAAGGAACGUCCCGAUCGACCAAUCAGUUGCGCACUUCUGUCCCCUAUGCGAGCCCGUUGCGAACAGUCGCAACGGAAGGAAACAGCCCCUAGGUUGGGCGAGCUUGCGUGUGCACGUGCCCGUUUCUGCGGCAAGACGAUGUGUCCUCUAGGAGCCCUUGCCAAAAACGUGGGCGGCGGGACAAAUGGACCAAGUUCCGGACUGUGUGCGUCUCAAUUGUGAACAGUCUAAAUAUUCCCAGAUAGGUAGUUGUCUUCAGAGGGCUGUUUCUGGCAUGACAGUUGUUUGGAGCAACCACUUGGCUCGCUGAGCGAGAAAACAUCUUUCUGAAAGCCUGGGCGCCUUAACUUAUCUACCCAAAUUGCAGAACGCAAUAUCAGUGUCCCAUUUGGCUCUGAAAAUCGGAUUAAGAGCUCCUCAGAUUGUCGCCUAACGUCUGCCGAGGGUUCGCUCUGUCUAGAGUUUUGUAUGUGGCUGUCUGACGAGGGCAGGUAAACCAGAAACGACCACUCAAGGACAUUUUUCGUUGUCUAUGGUACUUCUGACAUAUUGACGCUUUCAUAAGUCAAACGUCCAGCGUUAAUGAGAGUGGAGGAGUAUGCUCACACCCCCCUCCCCCUACCGCGUAGAUACUUUUUUCUGUCAGAGGACCCCCUAGAACACUGCUUGCAACAUUUUUUUGACUCUUCCUUUGCGCCUUUUGGCGAGCACCAGCCAGGAUCCGACCACCGAACUGCUGGUCUCAUAUGUCGAAAACCAAGUAAUGCAGACUAGUCGUCAACAUCCUGACAGAAACGCAUACUCGCCACCUGUGCCUUGUCAGUUGGACGGUUGUUAAUGGUGGCGAAAAACAUUAAAUAAUCACCAGAACUUUUUUCUCCCUGUCAGGAUAUUUGUGUUGAGACUGGUGAUGCUGAUGGCGGCGGCUGCAGCAGUGUUUGCCCCUGAGGCUUAUCGGAGGACCUAUAGUUGCAUUUUGCCCGAACACUGGCAGUCUAAACGCGGUUUUCCGUAUGAGAACACGAAGUGUCGUCUUCCGUACACCGUACAGAGAUUCGACCCCGGCUAUGAUGUUCACGACACUAAUUGCGACGUUAGCGGUGUUCAUAGUGACGUUUAAGAGGACUAUUAUUUUCACUUUGUCUCCCGAUAUCUUCCCUUCUCUACCCUCCCAUUUGACCGAAUUUUCACGUGUUUAACCUUUCUGGCUGUUUUUGUAGUUUGUUGGACAGAAAACGAUAUCCGAUGAUCGAUUCCUCUCCAACGUUGCCACUGCUAGUUCUCUCUUUAACUCCGGUGGAAGAAUUAUGUGGGGCGCGAUCUGCGACCGAUUUUCCUUUAAGGUAAGCACUUACCACCUUUAAGCAGUUCUCUCUCCCGAAUGCUUUUUGGAUUUGCAUGCCACUAAUUGUCGCGCAUACUGCUGCACACAGUUGAUCCCAGCGCGGACAUCCUUCUGUACUCUGAACGCAAUUUUAGCUGAGUUUACAAAUUGAGUUAUUUUACACACAAUCACCGCUGGUUCAGCUGUUGAAAGUGGUGACGUCCACCGCGUCCCCUGUAGAGGAGGCGCGUUACCGAUGUCUUGGACAGAAAGUAGUUUGUAGUGAAGCAGGCUUGCGAAACGUCUAUAUAUAUAUAUCUUUCUCUCUCCCUCUCUCUCUCUCUUUAACACCCACUUUGCUCCGGGGACGGGCGCGGACGCAGUGGCUGAGAAAGUUAGGCAGCCGUCUGCGCCUGCCACACACGGUGGUCUGAUCACCACUUCAUAUACCAGGCUACAAUAACAGCGAAUCGUAUCUCGUAUGACAGAGUGUCAUCGAAGUCGCCUGACGGGGUCUUUGCAGCUUGACGUUCAGUUCUGAGAAGGGCUGAAUAAUCCUGCCUUCCACGACACGACUUGGGGCCCAUUGUGAUACGUUCAAGCCCCCUAAAUGGAUUAUAUUCAGGAGUGCGCUGGUGUGCCGGUCUCACUUUCUCCUCCCUCUCCCGUGCACCAGUCGACUGUCCGAGCCUGUCAACCUACCGGUGAUGCAAUCGGGCGCAGUGGUUCACGCGGCCUGAAGGCCUACGUCGAAGGCCUACCACGCACACGCGGGCACGGCGGUAGUUUUGUCAUCGCACCGGCCGUGAGACAGUCUGUGACCCCCGUUCUGGUCCAGCGCGUCUGCAGCGCAGCCCGUUGUGGGGGGCCGAAAUGACCACCCGCGGUUUGCGUCUCGUCAUCAGUUUGUCACGUUUUUGCUCAAAACUGGGAAGACGUGAGAGAUGGCAGCUACCCGGGUGACGCUAGCACAUGCCCUGUCGACUGCAGUCCGUAUUAUUUAGUCUUAUGCAAAGUAACACCAACCGAACUGACGACAACAGCCUCGGGCAAUCAGUAAAGAUUACAUGAAGUUAAGCGGAGCUUUACCUCAUAAUCCUUUGCACUGAAACCAAGUUGAAUAGGCAGAACUCGAAAUUAAUGGAUGAUUAAGUUGACAAGUAGAACACCUUUUGUCACUAUUUGCUAUUUACAUAAUCAUUCUAUUUGUUCUGGUUGUUUGUGAUGUCGUGGGCUGUCGAAUUAUUGGUUAUUACUUGAAACGGCAAGGAUUAUGUAUAUGCGCGGAGUAAGAAAAUGCUAACCAGCGUUUUAGCACCCCUACUUUACCGGUAGACGCAUGCAUCCCAUCUAACAAUAUUUCGAGUGUUCUUUUACUAUCUGACUGCUCUCCGUGCCAAACUUUUAAAAAAUGGGCUUUCCUCUUACUAGAAAAUAACGUGUGGAUGUGCAGAGCAAUAAACUAAUGUAGACGCCGACUCCUCGCUACGAUGCAGGUCAGCGAAUGUUGUCCUGCCGAAGAAGGGGCGACCCAAAACUACCGAUGAACACUUAAUUUUAAAAAUAUUGUACUGGAAAUUUCUCCCUAUCGCCCUGGAAUAUAGAAGAAGAAAUUGUGGUCUCUGACACAGGAAGUUUAUUUGCCCGGCGUUUCGGAUUUCGCCUCUAACCCAUAAUCUGACGAGCCUACCUCUCGAAGGUAUAAGACCCAUGCCCUGACGGAAAAAAAAUUCGGUUCUGGCGAGCGGCCGGCCAUUUCCGGUGGAAGGGACUGGUUUGCGUUCGACUAUGUAAACUUCGUUUUGCGCACUCUGGGUCUGAUUAUUUGUACAACAUCUUACCUAAACUUACUUUUCUGUACUCCUUUUUCACUGCCUUCAGAUUCCGCUGUCUAUAAUGCUCACCGUGUGGGCAGCUCUCCUCUUCACCUUCCCGUAUAUCGGUACAAUCCCCACGGCGGGAAAGGCCUUGUACGCUCUGUGGGUUUGCACCCUCUUCCUCUCCCUGAGCGGCGUCUUCGUCCUUAUGCCAGCCGCAACCGGUCGCAUAUUUGGACCCGUUUACAUGGCUGUAAACUACGGCAUGGUUUUCAGCGCAUUUGUGAGUUACUUCCUUUUCCGCAGUACAGCUACCCUCCCUCCCCUCCCUCCAUUCCCUGUGCUACACUGUUAUCCCAUGAGUACAGCAUGUAUGGGGACUGCAUCAUUUCUUCUCGGCAUGCUUUCAGGCAGCUUCCGAAGCAUCGCUGUCGGCACUUUAAACAAGCACAAGUCGCUCAGAGCUUGAACUACGAGCGGAGAUCGCAGCGGUAAAUUUCUUUUUAGCUUGUCAGGCUUGUGCCGGAAUCAUCGAACUCUAUGUUCUCCUACGCUCACUUUAUUCCCGUAGAAAUUUAAAUGCAAGGCAAACUAAGAUAGUUGCCGGCACAGUGACUGACGAGAUUGAUGGAAAAUUUACGCCCACCAUACAUAUGGUUUCCCUUACUUUACGGUGACCCCCUCCGUGAUGACUGUCUGUGCCUACUUGGGGCGUUGAAGUCACCGGAGCCAGUCCAUUUGUCUGCCUUCAGCAGAGACGCGAGGACGUGCAGAUUUUCAUAAAACUCCUCUUUCCUGUAGUCGCUGUCUGCCUUUAUGGUAAUUUAGGAGUGGAUAACGGUGUCGAAGUACUCUCGGCGUAGUGGAACUUCAUUAAGAGAGAGAGAGGUGACUUUCCGGCGAAGUUGUUUUUUGAUGCGAAGCCAUCCCCAGCAUCAGGACAUGCCUCCGUGUGACAACCACCCUGGAAGAGUGUGUAACCUGCACCGACCAUCUUCAUUUGUUCUUCUCUUAUGAAGUCUGGGUGUCUGAGUAAGCCAAUGCUCACCCUGUGACGAACCAGUUUUCGGCCGUCAAAGCGAACGAGCAUUCCAGGCUGCCAAAGUGGGUAUGAUCACUCUGGUGAGAUGCAUAGGAGGGUGAGAACAAGGUAUGCUGCUUCCAUCGUAUGCUAAGCGUCCGCAAUCCGCUGGCAGCUCACAUUCGCUCCGGGCACACUUUAGUCCAGUCCUUCUUGAGGGCAUAAAGUAGAGUUUCCCUGGAUAGGGCUGCUUAAACAUCCCGUAUCCCCGCCGGGUCCGACUAUCGGCCAGGGCUUUGGUUUAAGGAAAAUACGACCCGAGCUAGCUCCCUCUGCCUACACAGAAUUGUUAUCGCUCCAUCGUCAGGACUUUAAGAGUUGGGGUAAGGAGUGAAAGUCGUAGAGUUAUGGCUGACUAAUCAGAUGUUUUUAGGGGAAUUAAGCCCUUAUUUAAAAAUUAAAUUGAGGAGAGUACAGAAGGCGGGUAAAAAAGGGGCAUAGGAACUUUUCCGGGAAUGCGCACCCCAUAACAAAUCCCAAUAAUUGAGGUGCGGUGGAAGGCCCAGUUUCAGGCACACGCCGCGCCAGUUGGGUUAUCUGCGCGUUGUUGAAAGUCUAGGUCAUGUAUUCUUUGUGGACUAGGGGUAUGGCAGUACGCCUAGAUGCGGGUUUUCGUCGUGCCAGCCGCCUUCGGUCUCGACCGCAGGCCCAGUUGGGUGAGGAGAGAGUGUGUUAGAUGCUGCGCAAGUCUACUAUCACUAUAAACCAACUCACGCGCAGGUCACCGUGCUUGCUCUCGCACCCCCUGCGGAGCACACGAUGGACAUUGUUGCCAACGAAGGUCGAACUGUCGUAGUUGCACCUACUCGAUGCCAUCAGAGACUCACUACUGCGUUUCUGUGAUGUAAGCCAAAAAUAAUCAUCCGUCUCCGCAGGCAUGUUCGUCUUACCCAGGUUUGCGGAAAAGUUGGAUGUUUUCGUCAUUUUGGUGGGUUUUUUGGUAGAACUUAAAUCUAGUCUGUAAACCUAGCAGAAGACUGGAAGUAUUGCAUAUAAGCAAAAUUAUUUCUUAUUUCGCGGGAUCUUGUAAGUUUUUGAGUUAAUAAUUACGAGGUGGGAAAUGUAGUAAUCAGAUUACGAAGUGAAACCAGCUUAUCCAAAUUUAAACGUAACAUGAAGAGCUUGUUUUGGUGAAGCUGAAGGAGAAUUCACGUGCCCACAAAUUACGUGCUCCGCGUACUCGGCUGGAAGUACGUACCAAUUACACAGAAUCGCACCUCUGGAAGUUGACUGCUCUAAUUAUUCUCUUGACUUCUUUUAACUGGAAGGCCGAAGAGAACAGCAAGGGCGUUACCCUCACUCCAGUAGAAAAAAUCUCUGCAGGCAGGAUUUCCGUCACAAAGACACGCCGCGGUCAGUGCCCCGCUGUCUGGCCGUCUGCGAUGCUGGCGUGGUUGGGGACUAGCUUGGAGUCGAUUCACCUUCUCAUUCCCUUUUUCUGAUCUUGGCAGAUCGAACUCACCACUGCGUUCGUAUUUUUAACGUCAGCCAUAUUAGACUGGAUGGAGCAAGAUCAGUAUCGACUUACUAGUUGCUGAGCGGACUUACCCAAUGAGUAGUAUCGAUUAGCCCAAAUGUAUGCCCUAUUUCCGAAAUAGGCGCCAAUAGUUGGGAUAACAUGUUCGUCUCUUCACACUUCCCGGUCAUGCAAUCUCGGAGGCUGUUCACUCUGGGGAAAGAUGACACCAUGAGCAGAUUGCGGAACGUCUUUACUAGAGAAAAGGUGCGCCCCACCGGACCCAUUCUCCUCAGAUCGCGUGGAAUUGCACUUCGUGUUUUCACUCCUACCUAAGGCUGUGCAUGCUAAGUUCCAUCAUCUUCUAAAACCUGUGCAUACUGCUCCAUUAGAAGUUCUCUGAAAGGAAGCUGUUUUUGAAUAAGAGGUGGGGUUUCAGGCCAAACUUCAAAGAAGUUGGAUGAGCUUGCUACCGUGAGUUUAUUUCUCGCCGAACACCUUGCUACUACCGUCCAUUUGAAACGCGCUUAAAUUUACUCGCUUGCCGUGGGACUGUCGGGAUUAACCACUCUUCUUUCCGUGGCAUUUGCCUAUUUGUCUGUUUGAACUGGCUGUGCCAGUCGACAGUGGUGGGGGGACGUACACGGACAGCAGUUGACUCGCGCCUGUUGACCAUAAUUCACGGACCGGUUGACAUCUGCACUGCUUCGUGUCACGCACUCCAACGCUAGUGCCGAUCCACUUGGGCAAUUGCGGUCAUCGCAUCAACAACAGGGGAAUCCCACGUCAAGGUGAAUGAGAAUAACUUCGCAAUUCUUAGGGGGUUUUAUUUUUCAAGUCUGUCUGAAAGAUAUUCUCCCCCUAGUGAGUCUUCUCAUUAUGAAGCGAUAGACCUUCAGGAGUCUGAUCAAAUGUUACCCUGAAUCCGUGCAUACUACCAUCCCUGCAUUGGCAUUAUUAACUGAGGCAGUUGGGUAACUGGGGUCCUGGUGCCUUUUCGGUAAAUGUCAGCUCACCUUUAUGACAGGAAACUGUUGUACAGAUGAAGUCAUCUGCACCUUCGUCAAUCCCCGGUGAUCCACGAUGGGUACGAAAUUGGGAAGCUUGUACAGAAUUUGCCUCACUUUUUUACCUAUAUUCCACUAGGCCGUAGUGGUAGGUCAAAGUAAAUUCGAUGAUUAAGGGCGUUUUACAUGGCUGAUUGUGGAUGGAUGUUCUCACUGAUGUCCACAUUUUAAUUCAUACAGACUGAAAAACGCUGUUACUAUGUCCACGUCUCACACUACGUGAGCCUUUCAAAAUAUCCCAGCAAAUGCGGUUAGAUGGUAGUUGGUAGCCCUCCCGGUACCGAAAACUCCCAGCUACCUGACUUACGGGACCGGUGGUAAUAGGGGCUAUACGGGUGGGGCAAAUGAGUGGAGGCGUAAAUGGCGCUUGUAGGGAAUGUCUGGAAUUGACGAUCCUGGUAAAGUGGAAACCUAAUUUAAAUAAGGUGAAAAAUGCGAGGAAGGUGAACACUUCGGAUCUGACUGACGUAUGAGACGCCUUGCUGUUGUAGUCUGAACCCAAGAGGUAGUAAGUGCGCGAUGUCGUAGGUGAAGUGCGCCCAGUUCAAACCCAGCAAUGCCGAAGCGCCCGGGGGGGUGCCGUAGUGCCUUAAACUGGAAGUGCAGGAAAGGAUCGCUAACUGGCCAUGGCGGUGUUUACAAGGCGUCACAGUUUUCAGCCAAACCCCUGCGACCAAAUACAACCGGGCUGUUCGUAAAGGCGGGGGGUGGAGGGCAGCACUCUGUCAAUACGACUGAUGCAGUGGAUGGAGUAUCGGUUGACCCCCUAAUUGCGCGUCGGUUGUCCUUUCGUGCACGAUCGCACCGGACUCUACUGGAGGUCUGGAGUAAAAAGACCCAAGGAUGCAGGCAAACCGACGAAACGGAGACCCGCGCCAAUCCGCCUAGGAUAGUACCUAUGCAAUUAAUCUGAUGCAGGUAAUACUGUGCGCACAUGCAACUAGAAGCAUAAUGGGAAGCAUGAUGAAUCAUAAUCCGUUUAGGAUAAAUCUUUCGCCUUUUACUAAAGAUUUCCGUGUGGGGGUGCAAUACAAUGAGUCUAUAUAGACAGUCUUGCAGCGCCUCGUUCUCGGGGCGGUUAAAGUGAAGAAGAAAGUCAUCCUGACAGGGCCUCUGUGCGUGCACCCCCAGACAUGAUGAGAACGUUAUCACAGAUACCGAAAUCGAGACAGUAGGUACAAUUGUAGAAUCAGUGGCCAGGGCUACCAAUUACCAUUCUGCCCACAAUUGUUCCUGGUAUAUGCACUGACCUCUUCUGUCUGUGGCAUUGUUGGCCAGCACUUGUGAACCAUCAGUGUGUCUUCGUCUUCGUUAAUAGAUAUCAGAUCAAGUUGCCCGAAGCGCCAGACAAUCUGAACCGUUUCAGAAUCCUCUUCAACUGUUUCCGCUGAUUUUAACACUAUCAUCGGACACUUGUGAGCCAUGAUAGGUUUCAAAUUGGGGAGGUUUACACAGAAUCUGCCUAACGUUUUGCCAAUAUUACACUGGGUCCUAAUGGUGGGUCGAAGUAAAUUUGGGAAUAAACGGAAUUGCGAGUUUUAGAUCGUCAACCGUGGAUGGGUGUCCUCACCGAUACCCACAAUUUGAUGCAUAUUUAAUGUCCCGUCAAAACGACGCAAAACAUUCAUUUUCGAUGUCCUACCCCUUCAAGGUCAUUCUCCUUCGCCAUAAAAGCUCUCCGUCGCGUUGACCUCACAGUUCAACUGAUGGCAUUGCCUGAAACACAGAUGCACACACCGAGACAGUCGCAGUCCCCCAUAUCUCACACCCCACAGUACCGACGAAUUGAGGCACAAAGCCCUUGAACUACUCCGUACAAUUGGGUUUGGCCCUUGAACCGGAAUCUUGUCGUUGACUCUGUUGAGGACAUCGCCCUGAGUUCGCGACAGGAUGUCACCCACUGCAUUUCCUAUUGUGGACACAAUCAGUAACAGGAAUGAGUCAUGAGAGUAACAGCGAAAUAAAGUCAAGUAGAGGUUUUGUGAUGGCUGAGUCAGAUCAUGCAUGGCUCUUGUUUAAAAUAACGUCUGGUACCCCAAUUUGUGGCGACGACCUCAAUCAUCAAAUCGUGUCCCGGUUAGCAAGAGAAGAUAUGAGCUAGCGUUUCUUUCUUAGGUAUCAGUGACCACGGACUAGGCUAUGGCGUGAGCCAACAGUGAUAAGUUCAGCCUGUGACAUUGUUCUUCUGGGUGGUUUACGGCUUUUAUAGGUUUUUUUGGGAGCCCUUACCCAGUUCAAGCAGAUCUGUCCAAAAUAAACGGACGCUCUCCGGCCACCGAGUGCGCUGUCCCACUGUCUCAUUGUUUCCUCCACUGCAAACUUCUUCAUUCCUUUCGGCGUCCGAGGCAUUCUGUAGGUGCCCAGAACGUGCAUGCGCCUUGCGCCUCUGGUCCACUUGCCGCAUUAGGAAUCAGGUGAUCACCGUGUUUUUUUUGAGAACGACGCAUACGAACAUUCAACUCCGGGGCAGCCAAUCACAAGCGUCCACGUGCUAUGAAACAGUCUAGCCGGCUCCUCAUACUGAUCGCGGCCGGGCCUCAUGUGAGACGCGUCUGUCUCUGGUUCAGGGACGCGAGCAGCCGUCGAGAGCACAGACCACCAUCUGUUUAGGAUAAACGCCUCCUACUCGCACGUUAGGCUUGAAAUAAUGGUGAUUAAGGUACACCCACUAUUCUAACUGCCACAAAUUGGUAACUCCCACUGGUCCUAGUCCGUCCACCCUGGAGCACGUGAAACAUAGACGACUGUGUCUAUCUGGGCGUGUGUACACCCGGGUUGCAGUGAGUAAAGGCAGACGCCCGGACGGCAUAUGAGCGUUCUCACUAUAGGCGAAUGACCUUGAAGCGCUGGUCGUCCAAAGAGGAUGUUUUGCAGGAUCUCUAUGCUUGGCUGCAACGGUGUGGAGACCAGUUAACCCAGCCCUUGUCACGGUUUCAAAUUUUUCCAGCAAGCAACUGUAGGUAAGUCACGGAGGAAUUACAUUCGCCGAUCUGUCUUGCUUGCUGUACGUAAAUGGGGAUUUUCUGGCCGACAGCUUCUGUCACUGCCCACACGUCUCGUGCCACGUGGCUCCGUCACAAUAGCCCAGAAAAUGUCACAACCCACAAAAUAAAACCUCGUUCACAAUGCCACCAGUGCCGAAGAGAAAGUAGAUUGGUUAACGCGUGCACGUCAAACCCCACCCUACGUUCACACAAUUGACUACCUGGGCAACAUGAAAACACCACGGCAACCAUGCCGGUCCCAGAAAAUGGGCGGUAGACCAGCCGCUAGCAACCCUUGAGCAAAUAUACCGAGGUUCUCCGUCUUCUCAGAAAAUGUGCUUUUGAAUCUACGCGCCAGCAUUUAAGGUAACGAAAAACAACUUUCCGUCUGCAGUUAAGUCAAUUAAAACUAAACUGCAUUGCCCCAGAGUUAAAGUGAGUAACAGUAAGUCUGUACAGGACAGACCCCACCUAAGUAAACUUCGUUUAGAUUAAGCUGUAGAAAGUUCAUACGCCCUGCUAGGUUUUGGAACAAUGCUCGAUAAUAGCUUCAAUAAAAGUGCACAGUCAAAUUCCAGGAAGCAGUCGUGAAGGAGAAAGCACGAUCGCUGGAACAAGAACUUUGUGUGCCUGAUUGUCCAGCUUAUUACUCGAACCCAUCAUCAGAGACGACAUCGCCUGUAUCCGAAGUUGCCUCUGAUGAUGGGUUCGAGCAGGAGGGCGAAACGUCAGGCGACUAGAACUGCUGAUUCAGUGGUUGUUUCUCGUUCACUUUUAUGCUAGGCUCUCGUCCGCCAUGUUCUGUUGUCAGCCCCAAUUGGGUCGGCAUGAUCUCAGUUCUCAUGAUUCUCCGGUGCUGCAGCCUCAAACAUCCAUCUUGCGCCUUGACUACCCCUCAGCUACCUAGGAAACCGUUUACACAUGAGAAUGAUGCGUUGGGCUGACCUGAACACAAAAUGUUUUUACGCAGUUGUCCCCAAAGACAACGGCAAUUUCAGCAACCAACCUCACUGACAGAAACAGCCGUUGCCAACAUGCCGUUGCGGAGGAACGUAUGUAGACCGUAGCAACAGUAUUUCACUUUCCUGCCCGAUAUAAUCGCUUUGGACCAUUCAUACUUUGAAUCGCAUGUGAUGGUUAAUCCGCCGCAUCGUUUGUGUUUUUUCUCUCUUCAGGCUGUGGGUAGCAUCAUCUGCGCACUCAUUAGCGAACUGCUGAAGGGCGAGUUUGUGUUUCUGUACACAAUGUGCGGAUUUGUCUGCGUCCUUGGUAAGUCAAUCGUGCUGACCCCUAAACACUUUCUCCUCCCCCCCCCCUCUUUCUUCUUCUUCUUCUUCUUCUUCUUCUUCUUCUUCUUCUUCUUAUUAUUAUUAUUAUUAUUAUUAUUAUUAUUCUCCUACACCACCACCACCACCACCACCACCACCACCACCACCACCACCACCACCACCACCACCACCACCACCACCACCACCACGACUGUUAGUUGUCGUGGCGGCAGUAGUCCUUUAAUAGCGAUAGUCGCAGUACUAUUAACGACUCCAACGGUGAUUGUUUGAAUGGUGAUUUUAGCGGAAAUAAUGGUCCUAAUGUUAGUAGUAUGGUGACUAGGGUUAGUGGUCAUAGUUGGACUAAUAGUAAUGCCGCCAGCUUCAUCGUCGUUAUUGUCAUCAAUAGAGGUUGCACUCUUUACAACACUGGUAAUUGUAGCAGUAGUAUCAGUCCUACUGUUGGCAAAAGUAGUGGUACUACUGGCAAUGAUGGUGGUAGUAGUAGUAGUAGUAGUAGUAGUAGUAGUGGUAGUAGUAGUAGUAGUAGUAGUAGUAGUAGUAGUAGUAGUAGUAGUAGUAGACCGCCCGCUGCGACCCCCAUUUGUUUUUAACCCAACCUGCAUCUUUGCAGACAUAAUGGGUAAUUGUUUUCUUAAUUUAUAGGUCUUUUCCUCCUUAUCUGGAUCCACGACCCCUUCAUUGCACGCAAACUCAAUCUGUGCCGUGUCUGUUCCGCCACCUGUCAAAGGUGUCAACCCCGUGUUCCUCUAAGCGCCGCGUAG